CAUCGCAUCCCUUCCUUACCUCGCUCCCCACUUUACACCUUUCAACCCUCUAAAGCACUCUUACACAAUGGCCGAAGUCAACCCCAAAGCCUGGCCCCUUGCCGAUGCCGCUCUCACCAACUCAAUCAUGGACUUGGUUCAGCAGGCCUCCCACUACAAGCAGCUUAAGAAGGGUGCUAACGAGGUCACCAAGACCCUCAACCGUGGUAUUGCCGAGUUCAUUGUCAUGACUGCCGACACUGAGCCCAUUGAGAUUUUGCUUCACUUGCCUCUGCUCUGCGAGGAUAAGAACGUCCCCUACGUUUUCGUUCCCUCCAAGACUGCCCUCGGUCGUGCCUGCGGUGUCUCUCGUCCCGUCAUUGCGGCUUCGGUAACCUCGAACGAGGGCUCUGACCUCAAGGCCCAGAUCUUGGCCAUCAAGCUCCAGAUCGAGAAGCUGUUGAUCUAAACACAGACGCACGUCUAGUUUUCUUCUCAUAAUUUUUUUCUGUUUUUUUGUCACAACUGUGCUGAAGAUCCUGUUUCUUUAAUUAUUAGGCAUUGAUUGAUGCUAAGGCUCGGUUACUCUGUUCUGAGUGCGAGUUCUCUGUAUUCAGCCAAUGUCCUGUCUCUCUCUUUUUUCUAGUGAUGCACAGUGUUCGUUCUCCUUUCUAAGUUCACAGUGUAUCAUAGCAUCCCAAAUACCUUCUUCACGGCAUUUUUUUUUAAAAAAAUUUUUCAUUUUGCAUUCAUAUCUUUUUUCUUCUCUGAAUUUCUCGGGAUCUUGCAAACAAUCAAAGAUACAAUAAAAAAGUGAAGAAGUUGAGAGAGAAAAG